AAGUGAUAUUUUAGAAUCAGGUCAAAUUAUACAAUUUUGCCUGAUCACUUUAACAGUCAAAACUAGAAUUAUGAAGAAAGGCUUGUGUGUGCGUGCAAAGCGAAGUGCUGCGAAAGCAUGUGAACUAAGCGUUACACUGACUAUUGUGGUACUCAAAAUAUUUUCCUAAGGUUGGCAGGUCUGCACUAAUGGCAGUUACAUUCAGCACUUAUUUUUUAAUCUAUAACAAGAGAGCAAACAAGUUAUAAAUUGGAUUCAAAUUUAUAUCUAUAUAUUUUGUAUACAUUUUUUAAAAAGAACCAUAAAUGUUAUUUGUAGGUAAUGGCACAGGUAAUGCAUGUGGAUACUUUUUGUGUUUCCCUUAUGCAUAGGGCCUGGAAAUACAGCCUAAAAUUGUUUUUGCAAUUUUUAUAAAUUCUGUUUGGUAAUGGUCACUAUAUACAUCAAACAACGCUCUAUUAAAGUCAGGAGGAUGUCCAGUCUAUAAUGGAUAAAGGCAUUACAAAUUAGACAAAUUAGAUGGUUCAUUUGUAUCUUAAAUAUAAAUAUUUUACCUCGGACCACCUCAUUUCCUGUUCAAUGGGCAGAGUCAUUCUGAGCAUUGCUGUAUAUAUUCCAACAACAUGCAAGCUAUUAGAACAGAUACAACUGGAAAAAUAAAAAGUAGGCUGUGGGUUUUUUAAUCAAUGUAAAAACUUUAGUGGAGGUUUUGGUGGGGCGACAUAGCUCAGGAGGUAAGAGCGUUUGUCUGGCAGUCGGAGGGUUGCUGUUUCGAUCCCCCGCCUGGGCAUGUCGAAGUGUCCCUGAGCAAGACACCUAACCCCUAACUGCUCCAAACCAGCUGAUUGGUACCUUGCAUGGCAGCCUUCCACUGUUGGUGUGUGAGUGUGUGUGUGUGAAUGGGUGAAUGAGAGGCAUCAAUUGUAAAGCGCUUUGGAUAAAAGCGCUAUAUAAAUGCAGUCCAUUUUACACUGGUGCAACACUGGAUAGUCCUUUCAAUGCCUCUCCUCUUCCUUAGAUUUCCUGGUAAAUGUGCCACUAGCAUUCUGUUUUUAUUCAUUCAUGCAGUCAAAAUGGUGUGUUUCAUGAAUCGCAAGAAAGAGGUUUGUGUAAAUGGCUGCAUUAUGUGUAAUUUUGGAUAGUAAUGCGGUGUGGUGUAGACCUAUAUAACUUUCUAUUUUUAAAAAUUAUUUUCUUUAUUGUUAUUGGCUAGAUAAGAAUGUUUUCUGUAAGUGUGCAAUACCAUAGCUACUCCACCAUCUCAUCCCCAUUUAAAUCAGACUUCUGUUUAGAGAAUGGUUUUCCCGUGCAUAGUUGGGUGUUAAAUACAGAGACUGUUAAAUACAGUGAUGGCUAAAAUGGAUUCUCAAUUUUAAAUUUACCAUUGCAUUAUAUUUUCCCAGCUUGAGCCUACAGUUAGAUAGGUAUCAAAACAAUAUCAAGCAAUUGAAGUGUCACAUUUUUAAUGAGGUGACUCAAGAAAGAAAAAAAAGAGCGUGGGAACAGAACGGUUUGCACGCAUAUAGCACGUGAAAGUGACGUCCUGACUCAUGCAACCCCCCUGUCAGAUAAAUUUGAUUAGCUGAGCCCUUUGCAACGGUAUGGCAACGGUACAACCAUCUUGAGGAACUCUCAUCUUGCUUAAAAUAAGAAGUUUGAGCUUCACAUUUCACAUGUAAAUGGCGAGCAAGACCCAGCUUGAGAUUAAUGACAGCGCUUUCUACCCAGGGAUUAAUUUUCAUUUCAUUUCAAUUAUUGGCAAUGUGAAUAUACACAAUAUGAUCUUGUUACACAAUUCCGCAUAUUAGUAGGCUAUAAAUAAGUGCCUUGUUACAAUAGGUUUUGCCUACAGUAGCAAAUCUGGUCCCUGCAGGCCAGUUUAGCUACUGUUGCUGAAAUAUAGCUAAUUAUGAUUCGGAAAUGUAUGGAUAGGCGAAGUUAUCUAGUUUAAGUGGAUCUUGGUCUGCAAUUAGAACAAUAGUAACUGUAAUAUGUUUCAGAUAAUGUACUUUACAUUACUGACAAUGUUAAACCUAAAACUUGUUCAGUCAAAAUAUAGACUUGUUUACCACACAAUUUUAGUACGGCAUUAACUAGCUAGUAGCAUACUGCCUGCAAAUAUUAUUUAGCUUGUUCAGCUAACAAAAGCCUAUCUUGUGUUCCAUUAAGUAGUUGGCCUACCAAAAAUAAGCUUGAUGACUGCAUAGAGACUGGGCGUUGGCCAGCUACCCAUGAUAACGUUAACUUCUCCGUCCUGAAACAGUUUUUCUGAAGCAAGCAAGAAAUUUGGGAAAAUAUGGACGUCCACAGCUGCACUGGUAUCGGUGAUUAUGAAAUAUUGGUUGAAAUCGGAGAGGGCGCCUAUGGCAAAGUGUACAAAGCCAGAGAGACGAAGGACAAGCAACGCCUCGUCGCACUGAAGAAGCUGAAUAUACCAAACGACCCGGAGAGCGGCAUACCUGCGUUCAUGAUCCGGGAGGUGGCGCUGUUGCGAAAAACUGAGUGCUUCAACCACCCAAAUAUUGUGAAGUUACUAAACGUAUCGGCCGGACUACGGAAUCGAACCUUGGACUUAACGUUGGUUUUUGAGUACAUCGAUCAAGACUUGACAACGUUCCUUGCGUCAGCCCCACCGAGCGGAUUGAGUCUGGAAAAAAUUAAAGAUAUGAUGCGUCAGCUGUUGACCGGGCUGGAUUUUCUCCACACCAACAUGCUGGUGCACCGCGACCUGAAGCCGGACAACGUGCUGGUCAGCAGCCGAGGGGAGGUGAAGAUCGCCGAUUUUGGGCUGGCCCGAAUCUACAGCCAUCAGAUAGCUCUCACGCCCUGUGUGGCGACGCUGUGGUACAGGGCCCCAGAGGUGCUCCUGCACUCUGUGUACAUGCCCUCUGUGGACAUGUGGAGCGCAGGCUGCGUCUUCGCUGAGCUCUUCCUCCUCAGGCCCUUGUUCCGCGAGUUCUCCGAGGCGCGGCUGCUGCAGAAUAUCUUUGAGGUCAUCGGCCUGCCCGAGGAGGAGGACUGGCCAGCAGAGAGCCCCCUGCCGUACUCCUCAUCCUGGGGAACAGGCGCGCGGUCCACCCAGCUGCUCCCAAACCUGAGCCUGCAGGAGAACGACCUACUGACCCAGUGUCUGGCGUUCAACCCCGCCAAGCGGAUCUCGGCCUCCAGGGCGCUGGCCCACUCUUUCCUGACUGGACCCUGAAGGGGGGCGGAGCCUGAGGCGGAAAUCUGGGGGUGCGGUGCCCCGGUCUGGGCCAAGCUCUACAGAAUAAGUUUUUCUGCUGAAAUUGAACUUUGAUUUCCCAGCUGACUGAAUACCCAUUAUUGAGCAGGUGCUGAUUUUCCCAGUUCCUUUGGAUUCCUUGUGUCGUAAGGUGCAUCUUAUAAUGUGAAAUGAGAGAGCCCGGAACUGCACAGCGAAAAUAGCGGUAUCCUGGGAGAGGAACAGCUGACUGAGUCUGAGCCAUCAUGCAUAACAAAUGCUCAGUGUUCAUUUCCUUCUCAUUUGUAGAAUUUGUAGUUCUUUGUAGUUCUUGACAUCUGAAAGAAAAUUAUUCAAAUUGCACCAAGCUCCCCCCACCCCCACUUGCAGAUAUUCAUACAGUAACGAUGCGCUGCUUUAAGAUAUCACCUCAGGUAUUAUUAACCAGACGACGGACAUUGUAAUAAUGACAUCAAAUUCCACGCUGCUGCAGGUUGUGACCAUUACAAAAUAUUCAUGAAAUUAAUGUUUUUUAUUCACCAGCACAUUGUGUUUUGAGUGCAUGGUGUGUGUUUGUGGUGACUGCUAAGGGGUUUGUACUGUUCAUAUCUGUCUUGUAUUGUUGUUGGAUGGGCUUUUAAUAAAAGAAACAAAACAAAAAAUGCGUUUUUACAAUGAAGCACUUUUUGUUGUGUAAUUCGGCUACUAAUAUAAAUCGUCUUUAUACCUAUUUUCAUAUACGGUUAUGUAAACGCGUAUGUGUGAAAAUAUUUUGAAAUACCUUUUUUAUUUACAUUUUACACAAUUGCGCGAGCAGCUCUGGUUUGUUGGAGAGUUGGUUUUAAAGGCUGUUGCACGGGGCACUCAACAGUGUUUUUGAAUAA